AUGCAGCUCGAAAUUUCCAUUCAUCAUCUAACGAAUCAGAACCAAAAUGAAUGGUUAACAUGCGCAGACAUUAAUAAUCAACAAGAGAUUGUAUGCGGAACUGAUCAAGGUGUAAUCUAUCAUACACAACCGUCACUAUCAUCAUCAUCGGGGAAAAGCAAUUGUAAAUACAAUCAAUUGAUCGGACAUUCAAAACUUAUUUCGGAUAUCUGCUACUACGAUUCCAAUGGAACUUAUGCCCUUUCCUGUUCAGCCGAUAACGACAUACGCUUAUGGCAUUCACAGUCUUCUCGUUGUAUCACCAUCUAUCGAUCGCAUUUGUCACCUGUUUGGUGUUUAGCUGCACAUUCGACAUCUGAUCGUUUCGCAUCUGGUUCAAUGGAUCAAACUGUUCGUCUUUGGACACCGGAACGAUUAGAUAUUUUGCGAACGUUUAUCUAUCAUUCGAGUGACAUCAAUACUUUAUCAUUUCAUCCUAAGGGUAAAUACUUAGCAUCGGGUUCCGAUGAUGGUCUAACCAUUCUAUGGUCCAUCGAACAAGCACAACCGGCACGAAUUUUCAAAUCGUCGUUACCUGUCGAACAAUUGACAUUUACAUCCGACGGAAAUCAUUUGGUUUCGAUCAAUCACAAUAGUGAACAAAAGUCAGAUAGAAUUACUCUCUGGGACGUACGUUCGGCAAAUGAAAUCUGUCUUAUACAAAACAUUCCCAGUCAUCGUCGUCUGUUGAAAGCAUAUCCAGUUCAAGAUACAACAACAUUUGUCACUGGUUUUCAGAAAACUCUUCUAUUUUUCGAUAUAAACAAUCAAAAAGAGAAGCUAACCUCUUUUUCGUCCAAAAUCUCACAUGAUUCUAGCCAACGGUUGAUACAUGUAUCAUCGAAUGAAUCGAAUAAAGCAAUAAUGAGCACACUUAGGCAACGUCGAAAACCGAUUACACCUGUCGACAUUGUCCGCGAUUUAGAUGCGUUCGUCAAAGUAGAAAACGAUUUUAAACAACCAACAACUACAGGUGGAACUAUUUCGAUUAUUACAAUUAUCGUGGUAAUUUGUUUGAGUGUCGUACAUAUCGCUACAUUCCAAAGUCACACGCUUAAAUAUGAUUAUGAUGUCGACUGGGACCAUGAUAGUAAAUUAAAAAUUAAUAUCGAUAUGACCGUUGCAAUGAGUUGUAAAGUAAUUGGCUCCGAUGUACUUGAUGUUACUAAUACAAAUCCAAUGGAGAGUGGGAAAUUAGAUGAAGAAGAUACGUGGUUUGAAUUAUCGCCUCAACAACAGGUCGUCUUCGAUAAUUUACAGAUGGGUUAUAAACUGAUACGCGAACAAUAUCACGCUAUUCAUGAUCUCCUCUGGUUACAAGGUCACAUGAUUGAAGAAUUACCUGAAAGGGAAGUGAAAUUGGAUCGACCGCAUGAUGCAUGUCGUCUACAUGGAACACUGGAAGUAAACAAACUUGCUGGCAAUUUUCACAUCAUUCUCGGAAAAGCAUUCUCAUUUUUUGGCGCACAUGCACAUAUAAGUCCUAUGGGGGCACAAAAUACGGCAUUGAAUUUUUCUCAUCGAAUUGAUCACCUUUCAUUCGGAUUGCCGACACCGGGUCUCGUUCAACCGUUAAACGGUGACUUAAAGCUUACCAAUACAAGUUCGCAGAUCUUUCAAUACUUCCUGGAAGUUGUUCCCACAGUUGUGCAGACAAGUUAUGCCAAUGUCGAAACAUAUCAAUAUGCUGUAACAGAAAAGACUAGAGCGAUCGACCAUGCUAGCGGUAGUCAUGGCAUUCCCGGCAUUUUCAUUCGAUAUGAAAUUAGUCCAUUGAAAAUAGCUGUCAAAGAAGUUCAUCGAUCGUAUUUCAUGUUAUUGGUGGAACUUGCUGGUAUUUUCGGUGGUGUCUAUGCAACAUCCGGAAUGAUUCAUAGUUUGAUUAGUGUCAUUUAUGAUGCAGCCUUCAAGCAAUGUAAAACCAACACACCCUUGCUAACUGAUAUGAAAACUCGAACGUCAAUCGUAGAUGAUAAUACACCGGCUAUUGCUAUCGGCAUCACACCAGAUUCGUCAUCAGUGAUGUAA